UGGGAUGCGGCCCCCAUGUUGUUUGGGCCAGAUCCCGGACUUUUCUCGGAGCGCUGCAGCAGGAGACAAAUGUCCGAGCACCGCGCAGCUGUAACCCCGCGCUGAGACGCUGCCAGAGCCGUUUACAGGUAAACAUCACCGAGGGAGAGAGGAGUGCUGGUGGUCAUGGCGGAGGACAGUGAGUGGGUGGUGGAGAGCAUCGUCGGGUAUCUGGGCAGCCCCGAGUGGCUCAUACCGCUCACUGAUUUCCUGGAAAACAAAUGUUCAGUGUUCGAUGAUGAAGAAGAAAAUAAAUUAUCGUAUACAGAAAUCCAUCAGCAGUACAAAGAACUGGUCGAGAAGCUGUUAGAAAACUACAUGCAGGAAGUCGGAAUUAGCGAACAGCAGUUUCUGGAUGCCUGCUCGUCCCCUUUUGCCAAGUCAAAAACCUUGCAGGCUGUGUUCCAGCCUGUGUUGGCCACAAAUGACUUUCAGAUAUUUCGCUCGAUGAUGGUGCAGAAAAAUGUGGAGCUGCAGCUUCAGGCCCUGCGUGUCAUCAAGGAGAGGAAUGGAGCCCUGCCUGAAUGUUUGACCGAUGGGACGGAUGUAAUGAGUGAACUGGAGCAGCAAGAGAUGCAGAUCCUCCAGGAGGUUCUCAAGCGGUCGAAAGAGGAGUACGAGGAGGAGAUCGCUCGCAGAGAGCACUUAGCGCAGAAGGUCGGUUCCGCUUCCGCCAGCCUCCGUGAGGAACCAGUGAGAAACGGCACUGACCCUCAGGCCGUCGCCCAGACUGUCAACAGCAUCAGCAAGAAAGAGGAGAAGGUGAUUUCUGAGCGAAGUUCAGCCAGUACGUCUCCUCAGGCCUCUUAUAAUCGUAGCACAGACACAAAGACACUCCCAGCAGUCCGAGUCCCGGUUAAGGCUCCUCCAACAUCGCUGAUGUCCCGAGAGAAAAGUGCCAACCAGGCAGCAGAGAGCUGGUUAGAGGAGGCACGGAAGGAAGCUGGAAUCUCCAAACCCUUCCGAGAGCUAACAGUGGCACAGCAGGAGCAGCUGCAGCAGAGAGCUGAGUAUCUGCGACAGCAGAGGGACAAACUGCAGGCACUGAAGAAAGAGCAGAAAGGAAAAUCCAUCGCUGUAGAGGAAACCCCCUCACCAAUCCCAGCACCUGCCCCUGCACCUCCAACACAGGAAAUCUCAAUCGAGGAGAAAAAGAAGCUGCAGAAGAGAAAACACCUGGCUGAGAAACUCAAAGAAGAAGUCAUCAAAAAGUAAAACGAUGGCGAUGAUGGUGAUGAUCUCGCUCAUGAAGAGGCCUGGAAUAAAUCCACAGAACCAAGACAAGAUAGGAAGAAUUCACAACUUGGGAUGAGUUUUCGGUGAUGUAACAGCAAUAUGAGAUAUAUGAUAUAAACGCAUCGAGCUGUUUCUUCUUUAAUAAACUCAGUUUUCUA